AUGGGGUUCCUGGCGAAGCUGCUGGCGCCGCACGUCGUCGGCACGCCCGAGCAAGCAGCCGCCUCCCCUUCACCAUCGCCACCACCACCCUCCUCCUCCUCCUCCUCACCAACACCCACCAGCACCGCGACCUUGCCGCCCACACACUACACGCCCCCGAGCAUCGACACCAGCAGCACCGCGCACCUCACCCCGCUGCAGCGCCAGGUCAAGCAGCUCAGCCUCCUGCUCCUCGGCGCCGGCUUCGUCGGCGCCUCCGCGUUCGUCACGCGGCGCGCCGUCCUCCGGCGCCAACUCGAGGCCGUCCCGCGUUUCUUCCACUCCUCGUACCUGCCCGCCGGCAGCCUGGACAGCGGGGAGCGGUCCGCGCUGGCCGCGCAGGCGCUCGGGCUGGCCACGCUCAACGUGGCCGGGUUCGGGGUCCUGCUGGUCGGCGGCACGGGGUGGGCGUUUGACCUGUGCUCGAUGGCGGAGCUGCGCGCGCGGAGCCAGGCGGUGACGAGGAGCCAGGCGGGCGUGAGGGACGAGGAGGAGGAGAGGGAGGUGGACAACAUGGUGAUGGGGCUAAUGGAGAGGCUGGGCAUGGACGUGGAGGAGUUGAAGGAGAAGGAUCGGCGCGCGGUGGAGGCGGAGAGGGCGCCGAAGGCGUGA